CAUUCCCAGAGCCCGGUUAACAAGAACUGGAUCCUGGACAGGGGUGACUCCUAAUCGCCGCGCUAGCCCCUAAGGCCUCUCGGCCCCAACCUCAUCAUGACGUCUCCGCUGUGCAGAGCGGCCUCCGCUCACGUUCUGACUGCUCAGGACCAACUUUCGACGCCCUUGAAGGCCAAAGGCAGUCACCUUCAGGGCAAGACUGGCCACCCUCGAGGCAAGGGUGCAACCCCAGCCUGGUACCCAGCCCACACCAAGCCCGGAUCUUUAUACCCUAGUGGGGUGAAGGCCUCUCUACACGCACAGGUGUCCGAGUUACAAAGGAAGAUACAACUCUUAGAGGGGGACCGGAAGACCUUUUAUGAGAGCUCCCAGUGGAACAUCAAGAAGAACCAGGAGGCCAUCCACAAGCUCCACGAGCAGAUCAAAGCGCUGCAGAUCCAACUGCUGAACCUGCUCCAGGGAGAUGAGAAAGUGGUCCAGGCAGUGAUUCGAGAUUGGAAGUCUGGGAAGCCAUACCUAAAGAACAGAACAGGCCAGCAGGCACUGGAGUACCUGGAAUACCGACUAACCGAGAAGGUGAAGCAGCUGAACGCUCUGCGCCACGAAGUGGACUUGAGGCAGAAGCGGCUGGAGGAGCUGCAGCUACAGCACAGCCUGCUUGAGCUCGAGAUGGCCGAGGCUCAGGACCAGAACACGGACGUGGCCAAGACCAUGCGGAAUUUGGAGAAUCGCCUGGAAAAGGCCCGGAUGAAAGCGGAGGAGGCUGAAUACAUCACCAACGUGUACCUGCAGCUCAAGUCCUACUUGCAGGAGGAAAGCCUCAAUAUGGAGAACCGGCUGGAUGCUAUGGAGGCCCAAGUGCUGCACACCAAACAUGAGCUAGGCGAUCUGCAACUGGUGAACCAGGAGGCACUCAGCGCCAGGGACAUCGCCAAGGACCAGCUGCAAACUCUGGAGGAGACGCUGUACCGAGAGCGCAAGGAGCGCGAGCACUACGUGACCGAAUGCAAGAAGCGAGCCGAGGAGAAGAAAUUGCAGAACGAGCGCAUGGAACGCAAGCAGACUCAGCGUGAGCACAUGCUGCUGCAUUCUGAGGACAGGAUCCAGGACAACCUGCGAGCCAAGGAGGAGGAGCUGCGGCAACGCUGGGGCAUGUACCAGCUGGAGAUUAUCUUCGGCAAAGUCAGGGACGCCACUGGCGUCGGGGACACCCAUUCAGUGGUGCGGCGGUUCCUGGCCCAGGGCGACACCUUCACGCAGUUGGAGGCCCUCAAGAAGGAGAAUGAGGAGACGCUGGUGAAGCAGAAGCAGGAGAAGCAGCGGCUGCAGCAGGAACUGGAGCUGCUCAAGUACUCCGGGGAGACCACGGUGGUGAGCGAGCAGAAGCAGCUCGACGAGCUGCAGCAGCGACUGAAGGCCGAGGAGGAGCGGCGCAACGAGGCACAUGGACAGCUGGAGCGCUGCGUGCGGGCGCUGGAGGUGGCCCAGGCGGGCCUCGAGCACCUGGCGAGCAAGCUGCACUACGUCAGCGCGGAGGGCAGCAGCUUCGCCGACAAGGAGCUGGACCCCAAAAAAACCAGCUACGUGCUAGACCUGCUGGGCUUGGUGGAGGGGAAGCUGCUGAAGCUGCAAACGCAGCUUGAGAGCCUCAACUUGCCGGAGAUGCUGGAACACAUAGCCAAUCGCGAGUUCUUCGCCAGUUUAGAGGGAAAGCUGCCCGUCUACAACACCCGCAUCUCCCUGCCAGUCCCCAGCUCCAAGGACAAGUUCUUUGACGAGGAGGAGAGUGAGGAUGACGACAACCUCGCGGUGACUCGCGCAAUGCUCAAGAUGCGUUCCCAGAAAUUCAUAGAAUCCCGCAGCAAGAAGCGCAGCCGUGCUCGGAGAUCCUAGUUCAGUGCUUGAGUCUCCGGCGCCUCAGAGCCCCUUCGGAGCCCCGGAGCCCUCCUUCGGGGCCCAGCCUCAGGCCCACGGGGCCCUUCAAGGGCUGGACCGGCCCGGCCUGGUUAUGGAGCCCGCCGGGAGGCGCGGGAAGGGGACCUGGCGUGACCUUCCCACAGUAAAUCUUCCCAGGCGGACGGAGCAGGCAGCCUCGGAAUUGCGCAAUAAAGGUCAUUGAGCAGCC